AUGAUUAGUGCAGCUAGAGCAGGAGGACAUGGCAUGAAAUCAACAUCAAUAACUUCUAAAACACGAAUGCAUCGUAAUGCCAAGAGUGAAUCACAGUCGACACUAACUUCAGAACAAUAUAAGAGAAGAUAUCGGGAUAUUUGCACUAAUAUUUUGAAGGAGAUAUAUGACGGUACACGAGAAGGAGAUGUAUAUGAGAUUGCUGACUCUUUAGGAUCACCACAUUCCGAGGGAAGCGUAGCAGGAGCUAAAGACACAAAUAUGCCAGGAGACUAUAGAAUUAUGCGGGCCAAUAGUGAGGAUAUUAGUACUGGCGUUGGUAGCCCUUUAAGUUCGACAUAUUUCGAUGUGUCUAGGUAUGGCGAAUUGUCUCGCCAAUUGCAAGAUCUGAUUUCCAAUAACUCAGAUUUGGGUUCUCGCUUGCUGUCGUUGUUGCUUGUUAGUACUGGAAACGCUGAGGAGAUUAUAAAUCAAAUUAAUAAAAAAGGUGGGGGCUUAUCAAAAUUACCUGACGUAAAGUUUGCCAAUAUUCAAGUGUCUAAGCAGUUAUCUAAUGGUUCUUUAGUUUCAGGCUGUUCUGAUGUACCUUGUGAUCAUCGUCGAAUAUCCUCUGAGGAUAGACAGAGAGGUUCAAAUGACAAUGAAUCAACAGUGACUGUGAAUGAUUCCGGAACGUUGAAUUCUGAAGGAGAUGAUGAAGAUAUUAUCAGGUUGCAGAUGGAGAAAAGGAAAAGAAAUACUGAGGCAAGUGCGAGAUUUAGAAUACGCAAGAAGCUACGAGAACAAGAAAAACUGAGCAAGUUAAGACAGCUUAAUGUAGAGAUAUCAGGAAUGUACAAGCGGAUUGAUGAGUUGAUGGAGGAGAAUAAAUUUUGGAAGCAAAAGCUCGAGGAAGUAAAUGAAAGAAAGUCAAAGGAAGUAUUGGAUACUAUCAAAAGAAGGAAUAAAGCGGCUAACUUCGAGAGCGCCAAUAACGCUAAAUAA